GUAUGUGACAACCAGCGAUGUGGGCGGGAACGGAAGUAGAAAGAAUAUGAGAAGGAGAGAAGUAUGGAAAGGAGGUUUAUUGCACCAGUCGAAGGAAACAACAUCCGAGGAUAACAGCUGCAGCAGAAAACAGUUAUCGGAUUCCCGGGCAUCAGACAAGGCGGACCAAAUGCCUCUUGGCUCUGGAGGUGUCCCGCAGGCAGGCAUUUAUUGCCUGGUUUUUACUUGCUCUGCCUUGUCCGUAUUGGUGCUGUCUGUGUGUAUUGUUCCUCUUACUGCUGAAGCUGGGAAUGUGCUUGUACCAGCCUUUGGUAACUGUUGGCCCAGGAACAGAACCUGGUCAUCCAUCUACCAGAAGUGCAGUCAUAGAUGCUCAGCAUCCACUAACAUUGCAGGUCAAUGAAACAGAUGGCAAAUAUCUUUGCAGUGUUCAUUACAAUUUUGGAGAAUUUGGAAACUAUUCCCUUUGGCUGAAAGUCAAAAACGACAGCACAGAAAAGUUGGAAUGUUCAGUAAUCAUGGUCAAGCAACCUGCCAACACAUAUUUCCCUGUUCUGAUUGCCUUCCUUGUUUACAUGGGUCUGGCCAUCGUGAUUUGUUUGGGAUUCUUUUUGCUGGGGCUAAACCCCAUCAGAAAUUUCAUACAGAGAGUUCUGCACCCUAGGGAGACUGAACGACUCAUCAAUUCUGAACUUGGCUCUCCCAGGGAUGUCAACAACCGUGAUGGCUCUGUCUUUCUCCAGAAUCCACCCCCACCACGUUUGCGUUCGCUUGACACAUUCAGAGGGUUGUCCCUUAUUGUUAUGGUUUUUGUUAAUUAUGGUGGAGGAAGAUACUGGUUUUUCAGACACCAAAGCUGGAAUGGAUUAACUGUUGCCGACCUUGUGUUUCCUUGUGGUUUGGGAGAAUCUCAGAAUUCCUGGUGUGCUUCAGCGUCUUGGGCUUUCAUACCUUGUGGUUGCCAUUUUGGAACUUCUUUUAAUUAAGCCUAGAACAGAGAACACUGGGAACAAUUCAUGGUCUUUCAUCCAGCACAUCACCAUCUACUGGCCUCAGUGGACAUUUGUUUUAAUCCUGGAGACAGUGUGGCUUUGCUUGACCUUCUUAUUACCAGUACCUGGCUGUCCUUCGGGUUACUUAGGCCCUGGAGGAAUUGGCGAUUUUGGACUCUAUCCAAACUGCACUGGAGGAGCAGCUGGUUAUAUCGAUCACGUAGUUCUAGGCAUCAACCAUAUUUACAAGCAUCCAACCUGUAAUGUGAUGUAUCAAACAACAGUGCCAUAUGAUCCAGAAGGAAUCUUGGGAACAAUCAGUUCUGUCAUAAUGGCAUUCUUAGGUGUACAGGCGGGAAGGAUCUUCAUGUUUUAUAAAGACCAGAGGAGCCAAAUUCUGAUCAAGUUUCUAAUUUGGUCCACUGUGUUGGGGGUCGUGUCGGCCAUAUUAACUAAAGGUACUCAAAAUGAAGGUUAUAUCCCUAUCAAUAAGAAUUUAUGGUCAAUCUCCUAUGUUACAACUCUCAGUAGUUUUGCAUUUGUUAUUCUGCUGGUGGUAUACUAUCUUGUUGAUGUCAAAAAGUGGUGGUCAGGAGCUCCAUUUUUUUAUCCAGGAAUGAAUUCCAUCCUCGUUUACGUUGGACAUGAAGUGUUUGCUGAUUACUUCCCCUUUAAAUGGAAGAUGAAAGAUGGCCAAUUGCACUCUGAACACCUCCUUCAAAACCUUGUAGCGACAUCAAUCUGGGUCAUUGUUUCUUAUGUUUUGUACAAAAAAAGAAUCUUCUGGAAAAUUUAGACAUUUCAUAAUUGAGAAACACGUAAAAUGUUAAAAAGGGAAAUGCUGAAAACAUCUUGGUUGAUUUCUUUCUAUUUCCAGAAACUGUAGUUCGCAGAAAUGUUACGCCAAGUAGUCUGUUGAUAUUGUUAUUCCUGUACCAGAAUCUUAACACUAAUUAUAAGGGAUGUUUAUUUUAUAAGUAUUCAGGGUUUUUUUUAAAUAAAGUGAUGUUGAUAUUGAACUGAGGGUCAACAGUUAAGUUUGCAAAUGUUUUCCCACGUUUACCAGAGUCAUGUGCUGUGUUCUUCACAGGAUUUUAUUACUACUGAACAAGAUGAAAUCUGAUUGCACUUCUUACUGUUUGUGCAAGUAUUUUUGUUGAAUGAACUAUAUUUCUUUUGCCAGAUACGCAAUUAACGUUAUCAGUUAGGCACACUGGAUCAUGUCCUGAUAGUGAUGCUUACACACAGGAACCUCUUACACAUUCUUAUUUUUAUUUUAAAAUAGGGCGUUUUUCCUUUGUUCUUUGAAAUAAAUAUUUAAUAUAAAAUUUGAA